AUGGCGAUGAAGAAGCAAGCAGUGCUCAUUGCUCUCACAUGGCUGCUGGUGCUAGCCGCCAUUGCCAUAUCUGCUCACGCCACUGCUGCUGGUACUGUUGAAAAGCCCGACGCUUUCAAGGACCCGAAUGUGGCUCAACCCAUGGCUGGUUGUCGCUGCUGCACGUUCUUCAGGAAUCAGUAUGGACUUCUCCAAUGUGGGUACGUUUGUUGUACCGACGGUUGUUGCUAA